AGAGGACCAUGUUAUCGAUGUCUUUUCCCAAUACCGCCUAAUCCAGACCAUGUCACUAACUGCAGUGAAGGCGGUGUUCUUGGACCAGUUGUGGGAGUUAUAGGCAGUCUGCAAGCACUUGAAAGGGGACCAUGCUAUCGAUGCCUUUUCCCUAUACCACCUAAUCCAAACCAUGUCACUAACUGCAGUGAAGGCGGUGUUCUUGGGCCAGUCGUGGGUGUCAUAGGCAGCCUGCAAGCACUUGAAGUCCUCAAAAUUGCAGCAAAACUUGAGCCCAGCUUCUCUUCGAAGUUAUAUCUUUUUGAUGGAAAGUCCGGCAAAUCACGGACUAUUGCUAUAAGACCACGGAAUAAAGAAUGUGCUAUUUGUGGUGAUAGCCCGACUAUAACUAAGCUCAUUGAUUAUGAAGCUUUCUGUGGUUCUCAAGCAUGCGACAAGGUUCAACGAUUGCAUUUAUUGGAACAAAAUGAUAGAAUAUCUCCUUUUGAUUAUUCUGUCGUUAGAAGCUCCGGUCACAAAACAGUACUAGUAGAUACGCGGCCACCACAUGAGUUCAAAAUUGCCUCUUUGGAGGAGGCCAAAAAUCUUACUUUGGAAAGUCUACGGCGACUUGACCCUACCUCUAUUCGCGAAAAAUUGGGGCUCAAUACGAACAACUGUGAAGAAGUAUUCGUAAUCUGUCAUCGUGGAAACGAUUCUCAAAUUGCUGUAGAACUCCUCAAAGAAAAGCUCAAACCACUUCGUGUCCGUGAUAUUGAAGGCGGCUAUGAGGCUUGGGCAGGGAAGAUUGACACCAGUUUUCCGCACUAUUAA